GGAAAGCUUGUCGGUUCAUACGGAUGAACUUCAGUCUCACCUGACACACGCGGAGGAUACGCUCUGAAAUACGAUUGAAAAAUGAAGAGAAAUCACGAUUUCAGCUCCUCGGAUAGUGAGCUCGAUGAAAAUAUCGAAGUGGAGAAGGAGAGUGCUGACGAAAAUGCCGGUGUGAAUUCUCCACUCGGAUCAAUGUCACCAUCCACAACCUCUCAAGUGCAAGCGAGAAAACGUCGCAGAGGGAUCAUAGAGAAGCGCCGUAGGGACCGGAUAAAUAAUAGUCUGUCUGAGCUGCGCAGACUGGUGCCCAGCGCGUUUGAGAAACAGGGCUCUGCUAAACUAGAAAAAGCAGAAAUUUUGCAGAUGACGGUAGAUCAUUUAAAGAUGCUUCAUGCAGCUGGAGGAAAAGGUUACUUUGAUGCUCACGCGCUGGCCAUGGAUUACCGCGGGCUGGGUUUCCGCGAGUGUCUGGCAGAGACGGCGCGUUACCUCAGUAUCAUCGAGGGCCUGGACAACACCGACCCCCUCCGCAUCCGCCUGGUUUCGCACCUGAACAGUUACGCCUCCCAGAGAGAAGCUCAUUCGGGUUUGGGCCACUUGGCGUGGGGCUCCGCAUUCGGGACGCCGCCCGGCCACCUGGCCCACCACCUCCUCCUGCAACAACAGCAGGGGGCGCCACUCUCACGCAGCACCAGCAGCCCUCCAUCCUCGAAUUCUUCAUCGCCCUCCUCCUCCUCAUCUUCAUCCGCCGCCUCCACAGAGCCGCACGCCCCCAGCAGGCUGACCGGGACGGGGAUUAGCGAGGCAGGGCAGACGGGACCGCUGAGGGUGCCGCCCAGUACCUCCCUGCCCCCUGGCCUCACACCACCGACUACAUCCAAGCUUUCCCCGCCCCUCCUGACGUCACUUUCAAGCCUGUCAGCAUUUCCCUUCCCUCUGAGCGCAUUUCCUCUGCUGUCCCCGAGUUCGCUGGGCCCCGCGACUCCCUCCAGCAGCCUGGGGAAGCCCUAUAGGCCCUGGAGCAUGGAAAUAGGAGCCUUCUGAACUCUGCAAAAACAAGACUUUUCUCUGUAACAUUUCAAAGAGAUGGACACAACCGCAGAAUUCCUCUCUGUACAAAGGGAAAGAGCGAAUACAGAACCGAUGUACGACCCUGUCUUUUGAACGUGUCCCGUCUCAGGUCGAGCAGAAAUAAGAUCUAGAGAUGAUCGGGUUCUCGCACAUCAGUUCUGAACAAAUCUAGUUCUUUUGUCCCUCAGUGAAGAGGUGCAUGCUAGAGAGAGAGAGAGAGAGAGAGAGUUAAUGGAGUUUAACUCAAAACAGAUUUAAUUAUAUUAAAAAUAAUAAAGGGACAUUUGAUAACAUGAUGUGAUACUUACAUCUUCACCAAUUGUUCAGCAUUUCUUUGAUAUUAAAAAAUACUAUGCAAUGAAGUUGAGGUUUUCCAACUUUCCAUCUGCACACACUGUACAAAACCUAUGCAACUGAACCUGUAUUCCUCAGCUGAGUAUACAGUCUUUUUAAAAAAAAAAAAAAGAUUUAAGUCUUUUUGGUCAGCGAACUGCAGUUGUGUUUAUUUGUUUAAAAUGUAAUGAAUUUGUUGUUUGCAGGGAUGGACCACUGGUACACCUUUACAGAGACAAUCUAAAUAGACAAUCUCUCAGAACUGCACUAAUGUAAUUGUAGCACAGGCACUGUUAGGUAUGUUAAUAGCAGAAUUGAGCGCUUACAGGCAUGUUCACCCUUCAUGCCCCAUCAUCUCUUUCUCUCUCUCUCAGUUAACUGCAAUUUGGAAAACCAGAUCGUUUUUUAUGGUAAUAGGGAAUUUGCACUGGCAAAUCAGAUAAGAUUAGGGGAAUAGAUAGUACUGGAAGAGAUGAUGUGGUACUGUGCCUGUCCCUCACUAACCUGUGUGACUUUCCUGUAAUAAAAUGAUACAUGUAGCUAAUAA